UUUAUUGGGAACCAGACCCUCCCCUAUACUUGCGUGACUCUGACCAUGGAGUUCCCCUUCUUAAAUUAUCCUCCACCUGCGUCCUCUUUAAUUCACUAUCACCCCCCCUUCUCUUCUCUCUCUCUCUCUCUCUCUCUCUCUCGAUUCUCAUUGUUGGAAUAAGGGAACGAAAUGGGAUUCUCAAGUCGUCUCUUGGCUUCAAUUCUUCUUGUGCUGGUUUUCUCUGUUGUUCAUGGGGAUCCUCUUGUUCCCGCACUCUGCAUAUUUGGGGAUUCUGUGGUUGAUGUUGGAAAUAAUAACAACCUAAUUACACUGGUCAAGGCAAAUUUUCCUCCUUAUGGCAGGGACUUUGUUACUCACAGACCCACUGGAAGGUUCUGCAACGGAAAGCUUGCCACAGAUUUCACCGCUGAGUCCCUUGGGUUCACUUCAUACCCACCAGCUUACCUGAGCCAAGAUGCCAGAGGGAAGAACCUCUUGACGGGAGCCAACUUUGCCUCCGGUUCUUCCGGUUAUUAUGACAGGACAGCCCUCUUAUAUGGUGCCAUUUCAUUGCCCCAGCAGUUGAGUUAUUACAAAGAGUACCAAACGAAAGUUGUGAACAUGGUUGGAAAUUCCAAAGCCCAAUCCAUAUUCUCUGGUGCAAUCCACCUGCUGAGUGCAGGAAGCAGUGAUUUCGUUCAGAACUACUACAUCAAUCCCCUCGUUAACGGAGCCUACUCACACGAUCAAUUCUCAGAUAUCCUCCUGAGAUCGUACUCUAUUUUCAUUCAGAAUCUGUACGGACUGGGAGCAAGGAGGAUUGCUGUGACAUGCCUACCCCCAAUUGGGUGUUUGCCUGCGGCCAUCACACUGUUUGGCGCUGGAAGCAAUCAGUGCGUUGAGAGGCUGAACCAAGACGCCAUUUCUUUCAAUAAGAAGCUCAACAGCACAUCUCAAAGUUUGCAAAAUAGAUUUCCGGGUCUCAUACUCGUGGUCUUUGAUAUCUACCAACCUCUGUUAGAUAUCAUCACAAAUCCCGCGGAAAAUGGGUUUUUUGAAGUAAGAAAAGCUUGCUGUGGGACAGGUACAAUAGAAACCUCCCUGCUAUGCAAUGCCAACUCUCCAGGGACAUGCUCCAAUGCUACAGGAUAUGUGUUUUGGGAUGGGUUCCAUCCGUCUGAAGCCACCAAUCAGGUCUUGUCUACCAAUCUACUUUUACAGGGAGCCCCUCUUAUCUCCUGAAGCCCUUUCUAUUUCAAUUAGAAGAGUUGAAUGCUAGUGUACUCUUGUGAUCUAUAGACAUCAUGCAUAGAUGUCAUGAGAAAAAAAGGAUUAUUCUGUUGGUUUUAGUUUUGAGUGUAUGGCUCCGUAGAGCUAGGUGUGAGGUAUGUAAAAUUGCUUGGCUACACAUGCAGGGAUCGAGGUUCACUUGAUGUUUGUCGUCGAGUGAAAAUUUUGACAUAUUAGUCCUCAAAUAAGAUAACUAUGGUGGGAAUUUGAGAAUUUAA